AUAACGGAUGAGUUUAUAUGUAGAAUUCAUUAUUUUUUUCAUAAAAUGUGAAUUCACAUGUAUCAUAGUGUAAUGAUACUUGAGCUAAUUGAGUUCUACAUAAAGACAAACCCUGAAUUUCAGAUAUUUAUUUGAACACAUUUUAACUAAAUAUAAUUAUUAUAACUUUUAUUAAUAAUAAAAUAUGAUAACAAAUAGAAAAACUGAUGAUAUCAUCUUCAUAUAAAUACAUACCUGAUUCUCUCUCAAAAAACACACACACUCUUAAUCUCUCUCUCUCCCUUCCCCUCUCUCUCAUCAAAUUUUACAGGUGGCCAGAAAAGAUCAAAAUUCACCUCAAACUGCUGCAUGAAGUCAUGAAUUCUCAAGAAAAUAAUGUCACUAAAUCUGCAGGUGAAGAGGUGCAUAAUUCAAGUUCUUCUCAAACUGAAGAAGUUACAGUCCCUUUUCAAAUGGGUGAAAACUAUUUGAAAGAACAUGUGGUUUUGGAGAUGCCAUCAAGAACAACACAAUCAUCUUCCUCUCAUGAAUGUGUUCAAAUACAAAUGCCUCCACCACCUCCCCCACCACCCCGGUUUCACAAAAAAGUGAAUUUCGUUGAGGCGGCAUCACCCGAAACUUGUUCAUCAAGAAACAAAUCUCUAAAGAAAAAUCUUUUACCAGUAGUCUCGGGUUCUUUACCAGAGGAGAAAUCGUCUAUUGCAAGAUCAUGGUCACUCACAAAAAUGUUUACAAAGAUCACAACACCGUCUCUGCCUUUUACCCCAACUAGACAUUUGGACACUGAGCCGGGGUUGAGAAGAGCGGGUGGUUCACUUAAUUUGCAAACUAAAGUCCAUGACCAUAUAUAUCGGUCUCAAUCCGUGCCCAUCCUCGAUGAAGACACUCGUUAUAAGCGAAUGGAUGCCUUCUUUCGUGUGAUUCCUACAACUCCACGAGUGAAAGAGUUUGAUGCCAUGAAACCAACCCCUGCUUCUACAGACGACGAUGCCGAAGGGGAUGAUAUAGCCGAAGAAGAGGCGGUUUGUAGGAUAUGUUUGAUUGAGUUAUGUGAAGGUGGAGAAACCUUAAAGAUGGAAUGUAGUUGCAAAGGUGAACUUGCUUUAGCCCAUAAGGAAUGUGCCAUAAAAUGGUUUAGCCUAAAAGGUAACAAAACAUGUGAUGUGUGCCAUCAAGAUGUUGAAAAUCUACCUGUUACACUGCUAAGAAUCCAAAGUACCGUUAGAAACCGAGAUAACGGAACAACUGCACCCAAUAAUGAUUAUGUUGAAGUUAACGCGUACAGUGCUAUUUAUCGUGUGUGGCAAGAAGCACCAAUUCUUGUUAUCGUUAGCACGCUUGCAUACUUUUGCUUUCUUGAGCAGCUUCUUCUGGUUGGGAAGAUGGGUAGAAGUUCAAUUGCUAUAUCUCUUCCAUUUUCUUGUGUAUUAGGGCUUCUCACAUCCAUGAUUUCUUCUACCAUAGUGAAACCAAGAUUUGUAUGGUUAUAUGCAUCAAUUCAGUUCGCAUUUGUGGUCAUCUUUGGUCAUAUUUUUCUCUCUGUGGGUAAUCUUAAGCCAAUGUUAUCAAUUAUUCUUGCAACUUCUACGGGUUGUGGAGCUGCAAUAUGCGGUAGGUACAUUGUCGUGGAGGCCUUGAGGUUAGUAAGAUGGUGGCGUAGUAGAUCAAAUCAACAACGCGAUUCUUCAAUUGUUGAAAUCGCACCACCAUCACCAUCAGUGUUGGACACUCCACCACCAGUACCAUUGUCACCGCCACCACCGCCGCCACCACCAUCAUAUAUAGCUAAUGUGUCUCAUUCGGAUCCACCACAACAUGAAGCUACAUCACCACCACAAUUUGUGCCACCACCACCUCCGCCACCACCACCACCAACAUUGUCUCAAGUAUACCAAGUUGAAGUUAACUGGAAAGCUUGAAAGCUACAAAGAGAGUAACAAAGGUUAAGAUUAUGAGUUUGGAUUUUAUAUAUUAGUGUGUCGGGUUUGUGUUGUUUGUAUGAUAUUUACCAUUUGUUUUGUGGGAUUUUUUUUUGAAGAUAUUUAGUGGAGAUCUGAAGAUAUGUGGUGAAAUCUUGAUUAUUUGUUGAUGUUGGUUGAAAGUUUUUGUUGUA